AAUAGAAAAAAAGAAGCCAGUGUGUGGUCUCCGACCAUAUUGUUUCAAAAAGGCUUCCAUAAAAGUGAGCACGUGAUUCGCCUACUCUAUCCUCUCCUUUCCUCUUUUUUUUUUUUUUUUUGAAAAUGUCAAACUUGGCUCAAGAUUCACUAGAGAUCAUCGAGUUUUUAAAAUCAUUAUACUUUGACCAAGAAUUUACAUUUGUCAGUGAUCAAGAUGAAAAAGUAUAUGAACAGCUUCAACAGGAACAAAAUGUAUUGGAUAAGCAAUAUAUCGAAAUGAUCAUAAAAGCACCUAUAAAAGAACUCUUUUUGUGCUUUUAUUGUCGACUUUCUUUGAUCUCUGAAAAUUAUGAUUUAUCGUUACCAUCAAGUGAUAAUCACUGGCUGUCUAGACAAGAUCAUAAACAACUGACAGAUGCACUUGCUGCUGUAGAAGGAGACGAUCGUGCUUCACGGAUAGUAGAGAGUAUUCAAACAAUCUCGACUCUUGCUGAACCUAUGUUGGAAGAAUAUGAAAAGCAGCAACAGAAACAAUUAAAGAAAGAUACAAGUGAUGAACCUAUUGAAUUUCUAAGAGAAUGGAUAUGGUUUCCAAUGAUUUACACAAGAGAAAAGGUAAAGAAAGGGGUAUUUUUUUAUAAAGACUAAAUAACAGGAUAGAGAGGGCAUAUUAUCGAUUGGGCACCUAGUUAUCAUAUCACGGGAU